AUGCCCCUCCUGAAGCUUUGUGGUUGCGGCGGUGGAUCGAGCGAAGAAGAGGCCUCAGAUCCACCACGGUAUAGCAACGGAAUACAAGGCAAACAAUCCUCUUCAGUUCCAAAAAACCCGCAAGAUUCGACUCCGGAUGAUGAAUCAUCCCCAGCCGUUCCAAACGGUGCAGCAAAACCUCUCACACAAAAGCAAGAGCCAACUCUUGCAGAACGACUUUGGGACCAAGCCUAUAACAAUCUCCGAGAUGGGCAGCAAUCCAAGCUGGUGCGGGAAUACGAGAAACUCUUGUCCUGCGAUCUAAAAGACGGUGAUACUGACUCCGACACGGCUGUAUUGUCGUUGGACGGAGUUGAAAAUGCAAUCGACCAAGACAACCCGGACAGGCGUCGAGCGCAAAUGCGAGAUGUUAUCAAAGUCGGUCUUMAAAAAACAGAGAAGMAAGCCGAUACGAAGCGAGUGAUGGGAGCCAUUUUGGGAGGUAUUAGCCCGGUGACGGACAUCAUAAGUGUUGCGAUAUCGUCUUCGCCGCAAGCUGCGCUUCCAUGGGCCGUAGUUACCACAGCUCUGAAGCUUCUAGAGAAUCCUGUUGCCGAGGUUGCAUCAAACCGUACGGGCACUGCCUAUGUUAUUAGAAGGAUGGACUGGUACUGGAACCUGAGCGGAAUUUUGCUCAAGAAGAAGAAUGUACUCAACGAUGGCCCAUCGGACGGACUACGCGACAUUCUCGAAGCAGACUUGAUUGAUCUCUAUCAAGAACUUCUUUUAUAUCAGAUGAAAACUGCUCUGUCCUGUUACGGAAGCCAAACUUUGAAUUUCUUAAAAGACAUUAUCAAGGCUAACGACUGGCAAGGGACUCUAACUGGUAUCCAAGAUGCUGAACAGAAAUUCCGGGAGAAUUCACAAGUCUAUGACAACCAGAAAAUCACGGCGUCUUUCGAAAAGUCGCUCGAAUUGCAGGAAAAUCAAUCGCGUAAACAAUUUCGCGAAGACAAAAAGGAAAUCCUGGACUGGAUCACCAAAGCUGACUAUAGUACUCGGCAAAGUGACCAUUUCGAAAAACGCAACAAAGGUACUGGACUAUGGCUGAUGCAGUCGGAUGAAUUUCAAUCGUGGCUUCGUGAAAGUGGAAAGGCCCUCUUCUACCAUGGAAUACCUGGCGCUGGUAAAACAAUCCUGACAUCUGUCGUUGUGGAGGAGCUCAGUACGAGAUACUACACCGACAACACCAUUGGAAUUGCCUAUUUGUACUGCGAAUUUGAUCAGCAAGACAUUUUGAGACCUGUUGAUUUAUUACUCAGUAUUCUUAAACAAUUAACGGAAGGUCUUCAUUUCAUCCCUACCGAAUUGGAGGAGCUGCAUGAGAGACGAAGAAACGAACGGCCGACUUUUGCAGACGUGAUGAAGGUUUUACGAGCGAUCAUUUCUCAGUACUCACGAGUAUUUGUCUUUGUUGACGCAUUGGACGAAUGCCCGGUGGCUAACGGAAACAGAAGAGAUUUUCUUUUGUCUUCGCUGCUUCCAAACAUAUUCACGCUUCAGGAUGAAUGCGGCAUAAAUGUCUUUGCAACUUCACGGGAAAUCCCGGAGAUCAUGGAAGCCUUUGAUAGAAACGGAUCCACGAAUUUGCCAAUUCGGGCAAGUGAUGAGGACAUUCGGAUUUUCUUGGGUGACCAGAUGAAUAGCCUGCAUCCAAGAGUCUUGGACCGUCCAAGUUUGCAGGAGCAGAUCAAGAACAAGAUUGUUGACGCUGCGCAGGGGAUGUUUCUACUUGCAAGGCUCCACAUUGACUCUCUCAAAGGGCUAAGCUCUCCCAAAGAUAUUACAUCUGCACUGGCUAGUCUGUCAGUUGGACUAGGAAAACUAGACGAGACUUAUGAAAGGGCAUUGAAGCGAGUCGACAAUCAAACUUCGAACGAUCAAACGCUCGCAAAAAGGGCGCUCUCAUGGGUUACAUUCUCCACUAGGCCACUGUCUAAGGAAGAAUUGGACCACGCUGUCGCAGUUGAAAUUGGCUCCAGCGAAUUCGAUGAUGACAAUCUUUCUGGGGUGGAUUAUAUCAGUUCCGUCUGUGCUGGACUGGUGACAGUCGAUGCGAGCAGCAACCAGAUCCGCUUGGUGCAUUACACAACUUAUGAUUAUUUAAAGCGUACGCUGCCAACCUGGUAUUCUGUCGGGCAUAAAGAAAUCGCGAGGAAUUGCGUCACAUAUCUAUCAUUCGAUACCUUUGCGACCGGUCCUUGUUCCAAAUCUGACUUGAAGGAAAGAUUGAAAACAAAUGAGCUCUAUGAGUAUGCUGCAACAAACUGGGGUCAUCAUACGCGAAUAUCUUCUGUUGAUGGCGAAGAUAUAGUCGCAAACUUCCUUGAAAGUCAGGCCAAGGUUUUAGCAUGCAUCCAGGUCAUGGAGCCGAGUGUAAAGACUCCGCUCCUGAGUAACGAAACUCCGCAAGAAGUGAUAGGAUUGCAUCUUGCAGUGUUCCACGGACUGCUUCAUUCCUUAGAGGUUUUGCUCAGCAGGCGACCCGAUAUAGAUCUCGAGGCUAAAGAAGACUUCGAUCGGACAGCUCUCAUCGUAGCUGCUGAAAAUGGUCAUGCUGAUGUGGUGCAGUUUUUGAUAGAGAAGGGCGCCAACAUGGAGGCACAGGACCAUGAUGACCGAACAGCUCUAUACACAGCCGCGGAGAGCGGGCAUGAAGCCGUGGUGAAAGUGCUACUGGAGAAGGGCGCCGACAAGGAUGGUCCAGAAGGCCCGCUUUAUUCACCUCUAGGAAUGGCCGUGGAAAACGGGCAUUCAGAGGUGGCGAAGCUGCUACUGCAUAACGGCGCUAACCCCGAAGGUACGCUUCACGAAUACGGGAAGACAGCACUUUUAUCGGCCGCGGAAUGGGGGGAUGCAGACAUGGUGAGAGACCUAUUGAAUAAAGGUGCAAACCCGAAUGCUGCUCAUAUCGACUACGGCUGGACGGCUCUAACGAAGUCAACUGAAAACGGUAAUGAGAAGAUCGUCAAGAUUUUGCUGGAGCAUGAGAGUGUUGAUAUAGACGCGUAUGACGAUUACGCAGGAGCCACUGCGCUCUUCCUUGCAGCGAGAUAUGGGCGAGAAGGGAUAGCAAACUUUUUGUUGGAGAAAGGUGCUAAUUGGAAGGCUGAGAAUGAGGAUGGUGAGACGUUGGUUGAUGUUGCUGCUGAAAGUGGGAAUGAGGAAAUGAUCAAGAGGCUAUUGGAGAAACACGGCAAGAACUUAGAAUAA